GUCAACAAAUUAAAAAAUAAUUGUUUACACGUAAAUAAUUAUUUAACGUUUUCGGUAGCAUAAUUGGCUAUUUCCUGUACAACUGAAUCUAAGAGAAUGUAUUAUAAUAACUCUUUAAAUAUUUGCGGCGCACAAUGUUGAUUGUUGGUUGAUCUCUUCAAACUCAAAGUAAUUAGUAAUUACCUUCGGCAUUUCAAUACGAAACCAAUUUGUUGUUAUUUCAAUGGAUAAUUGGACAGGCCUGCGUUUAAAAUCUAAAUCUUCCGAAUACUGGCGCCUUACGUUGUUAUCAAAAGUCUUUUAGAAUAAUACAAAGUGAAAUAUUGAUGUGAGAGUACAAUAAAAAAUUUAUAGCAGCUGUUUCAGACAGAAUGAAAAUAUACGUAGCAUGAUUUAAAACACAGCAACCGCUAAUCUAGCAAAAUGGAAUCACAGAAUUUAUGGGAGACAAAUGUUGCUGGUGACACAAUGAUAAAGGAGGAAAUAACCAAUAUAACAGUGGACUUUGAACCUACUUAUGAAGAUGAUAGUAUUUCAAACCCAGAAGAAAAUUUAAUGGAUGAUCUAGUUAAUGUUAAGGAGGAGUUUAUAAUGCCAAACUAUGAAUCUGAUCAUGAAAAUACAGAAAAAUCUAACAUAGAUAUUACAGAGGCUGUGUCUAAUAAACUAGUGUUGCAUCUUGAAAGUAUUGCAGGUACAAGUGACUUCUCAAGAAAUGCAGAUGUUAAAAUGGAACGUUUUGAUAAUAUCACUGAAGAAUAUCCUAAUAUUGAUGAUGGAUCCAUGGACAGUGAUGAAGCAAGGGCGUUGAACAACGUUGAAGCUUGUUUACAAGAUGAGAUAGAUAUUAAGCAUGAACAGAAUGAGGUAAACCCAAAAGAAGUUCUAAGAAGAUUUAUUAAAAAAGAAAGAGAUUUAAAUGUCACUGAAACUAAUCUAAUAUCAAACAAGGUAAUCAAUACAACUUCUACUAUAACCAAUCCUCAAGCAGGUAUAAUCCAAUCUGAAACAACUAAGACUUUAGUAAUGGAAAUACAUCCAAUGGUACAAGGUCUUAAAAUACCAUUAAUGCGAAAUCCAGAAGAAAUUUUACCAACAAAUUAUUCUUCAGAAAACAUGUUGUACGAAGAAUCUUUCCAGCUGAAUUCUAUAACUGGUAACGUAUUAUCUCUCGAACAAGAGGCUUACGGAUUAUUGAAGGAAGGUCAUUGUGAUGUUAAAGGCAAAAGACACCAAUGCCAAAAGUGUGAAAAAAACUAUUCAAAAUUAAGAAGUUUAAGAGAACAUAUGAAAGUACAUGAGACUAUAGAGAGAAGGGCUAUGGGUGUUCUUAAAGGUUUACAGACAAAGAAAGCGAACUUAGAGAAACGGUUAUAUGGCGUACAGAAAAAAGUGAAAAAGAUCGAUGUACAUGCUUUAAAGAAAAAAGUGGAGAGAUCGGAAAGGGCAGAAAAACGUACCAAGGUAAAGGCAGAGAAAAAACCCAAUUUGAAAAAGGAAAGGAAAGAGAAAUUAGCAACUCUAAAAAAAGAAACUGAAGAGAAAAUAAAUAAUCUAAAGAAGGAGUUAGAAGAGCAACCUAGUGAUGUACAAAUAGAUGGACAUAAAUGUAUAUGUGGGAAAGUUUUUAAAAGGAAAAGUAGUUUAUUAGCGUGUUUAAGGUCUCAUGAGGUAUCUACAGAUGCGAACUCUUGUUUUCCAUGCAUUUCAUGCACUAAACAAUUCAAAGAUAAAGAAGAGCUGGCAGCACAUCGAAGACGUUUACACAGAAAACGGUUCCCUUGCAAAUUCUGUCCAACUGACUAUAACACGCGUAAAGAUCUAUUUAAACAUCUUCAAAUACAUCAAAAAGUUCAAUUAAUGGAGUACAAAGUGAUAUCUGAAUAUGUUAAAGGGAAGCAGAAGUUGAAAUGUUUUAUGUGCUCGAAAAGUUUCUCGGAGCUGUCUGAACUAAAAUAUCACGUUAUGGAAGAUCACCAGGAACCUUACAUCUGUCCACAUUGCAAUGGAACUUUCGCGAAAAUAAUAGAUUUCGGGAAUCACACAAAAGCGUUUCACCCAGAAGUAGAGGGCGAGUCUGUUUUGGACGUCCUUGAAGCAUUUUCAAAGUUAGUGCAAGCUUGGAAAUGCGAGGAUUGCAAUGAACAGUUUCACGAAGCCGACAAAUUUGCUAUGCACCAAAUAGAGAAACACAGUCCCGACGUCAAAGACAAAGAUCAAUUUCAGUGUGAAGACUGCCGACGAGUUUUCAUCAGUCAAAAAGGUUUAACAUCUCAUAAACGAAUACACCACAACACAGAAAUCAAGGAAGAAGCCGAACCUGUAGAAGAGGGAGCAAUGUGUGUUGAAUGUCGGAAGAUAUGUAAAGACAUUAAUGCUUUAAAUUCUCACAUGCGUCUCCAUUCCCUGGAGAGGAAAUACCCGUGCAAAUUCUGCGAUUUUCGUUUUGCUACUCCGGAAAAACUUAAAACUCACUCCGAAAUUCAUACGGGCGAUAUGAAAUAUGUGUGCUUUAUUUGCGAAUAUCAGUGCAGUUCAGAAAAUAGGCUAGAACACCACAAGAUGUCUAUAAAGCAUGCAAAUAUGAAGGAGUUCUUGUUGACUGGAAAGCAUCUGAUCGAGGAAGCAAGUCCAUCUAAGAAAAGAGAAUCCAAGCAAGAAGAGAGAGAGGUUAAGAAAAGAAAGGAACAUAAAGACAAGAAAAAGGAGCACAAAGAUAAGAAAAAGGAGCAUAAAGAAGAUAAAGACGAGGCGAGUUGUUCUAAAGAAGAGACAGUUAUAUGUGAUGUGUGCGGAGAUAUGUUCGCGAGUGAAAAGAUAAUGUUUGCACACAAAGCAACACAUCCUUUUAUAGAAUUCCCUAAUGAAGACACGCCUACUAGAAUAUUCUUUAAGUGACCUCUUGCCGUCUGUUGUAGGUUAUAUUUAAGUAUUAUUACUACGAUGUUACACUUCAUUUCUUUAUUUCAGUAGGUUUUUCAUUAAGCUACUUAUCACACCACCCGCCUGAAAAUGCCUUUGGAAUAUAGAUAGAUGCCUUUUUAGAUAGAUACAAUUAUUAUUCUAAAGACUUAUUUAUUUAUUUGUGUAAGCAUUAGGAUAUAAGUGUGCUUAUGUUGUGGAAGUAGUAUUGUUACGUUCGAAGAUUGAGAACACGUGAUGACUCUUGUAAGACUUUAAUUAAAUGUAAAGUUCCGGAACACAUUUCUAAUCGCUGGUCAAUCGUAAUCCAGAAUGGUAGCCUUUGUCACUUCAUUCCACACUUAUCUCUUGAGUCACUAUAGUAUCAUAUAGAUGUUUUUUCACUUCACUCUUAGAGCGGAUUGAUUAAGUCGCGUCGGGCCAGGUGCCUGCCUUUUGUACCAGUUCGGAGGCCUAGAACCUUCAUUACUCAGAAAUCGUAAACAAAAUAAAUCGUUUUCAAUAGGCAUAGUUCGAAACGAAUUGGAAUGAUGCCUAUAAACUAGUUGAUAUUGUAUUUUUCAAUGCAGACUAGUUUCAAACAACAGUAAAAGUGGGUACAAUAUUUCCCAAAAUAAUACCGAAGUGUUCUGUCCUUUUUGGCAGUUCGUCAUAAAAAUAUAAUUGAUAAUUUCGCUACUACCAUUUUUUUGGAUCAUUUAACUUGAUAUCAAUAAACGUUUAUUUAUUUUAAAAAAGAAGGUACAAUUUAUUUAUUCAAGAAGAUGUGUAUUUUUGUAUGUUGCAGAAAAACUCUUUGUUGGUUAUGUAUAUAUUGAUAAUCUCUAGAUACAUGUACCUAAAGAAAACUAAAAAUCACAAAUCACAGGGUAGAUUAAAACCCGGACUGUUUUUUUAAUUUUUUUUUACUAUACCAUGAAUUGGUAUUUUAUUUGUUUUAAGUUUUCGUCAUUUAAAUUUGAUUCUCAUAGUUUAACUUCUAGAGUAGGUUAUUGUUGACUGUUUUGUUAAUAUUGUCACUGUUAUUUUUCUUUUUUUUUUUUAAAUAAGUUUCCACAUGAAUACUUUAUUUGAUUAUGAAGAAGACGAAUUUCCCUUACUAGAACGUGAUUUAAGAAGCGUUUCCCAAAAAGAUGCAGAUGCAGUUGUUUAAAAAAUGUAUUUAAAGACACUCAAUUUAUAAUACACCAUACAUAAAACACAAAUGAAGGUAGAACAAGAAGGAAAAACGAAGCAUUAAGUUGUUUUGGGUCAAACCCUAAAAAUAGCUCUGCCUUCUUACUUUGACCCAAUAUUUAAGAAACCACUAAUGCCAAAUAUGUUCGCGACCGCCCCUGCGUCUGUUUUGGUAACAGUUUACAUUUUUUUAUUUAGGCCAUUUUUUUCUUGUGUCUUUUUCAUUUUCUUAGAUGUUUCAGCAUUAAGUACCUUACUUGAUGCUGUAGCAUGUUCAAGAGAGUUUAAACAAAUGAAGUGUAACAAAAUUUCUUAACUGUUUUCACUUUUAAAAUAAUUUGGGAGUUGUUGGGAUGUUUGGUUGGGUAUUUGCCUGUGUUAAAACUAGUCGAAAAUUAUGUAUAUACGUUUUUCUUUUUGAUUUACAAAAAAUCUAGGUAACUCUUAUAUUAGCAAGGCCCGAAUAACUGCAUACAGCUUAAAGCUUGACCGGCAGGGUGAUUAUGUAUCUCGCGAUAGCAAUGCGACAGGCGUAAAUCUUGGAAUCACUGCUGUCAAACGUCACUUUUGUUUAUUUAUUACAUG